GGGCUCGCAGCUCCUGAUGACAUCAGCCAGCAGUCGGUUCCUCCAGCACACAGCUUCAUUUUCUGCUCAGCUUUUGUGUUCAAAUGGAGUCUGCUCUGGUGCUGUAGGAGCUUCUGUGUUUUAUCUGCGGCGUGCGCUGACAUGCAGCUCGUCUGAGGCAGGAUGGUGGUAGACGCUCCUAAUCCCAACGGGCCGUUCCCGCCGGUGGCGCUCACGCACUUCAGAGAUGUGGCUCCGGCCGAGCAGGAGAAGCUCUUCAUCCAGAAGCUGCGUCAGUGCUGCGUUCUGUUCGACUUCCUGUGCGAUCCGCUCAGUGACCUGAAAUGGAAGGAGGUGAAGCGGGCGGCGCUGAGCGAGAUGGUGGAGUACAUCAACCACAAUCGCAGUGUGAUCACGGAGCCCAUCUACCCAGAGGUGGUGCACAUGUUUGCGGUGAACAUGUUCAGGGCUCUGCCGCCCUCAUCGAACCCCACGGGAGCAGAGUUCGACCCGGAGGAGGACGAACCGACUCUGGAAGCAGCGUGGCCUCAUCUACAGCUGGUGUACGAGUUUUUCCUGCGGUUUCUAGAGUCGCCCGACUUCCAGCCCAAUAUCGCAAAGAAAUACAUUGACCAGAAAUUUGUGAUGCAGCUUCUGGAGUUGUUCGACAGUGAAGAUCCACGAGAGAGAGAUUUCCUGAAAACCACCCUGCACCGAAUAUACGGGAAGUUUCUCGGGCUGCGCGCUUACAUUAGAAAGCAAAUUAAUAACAUAUUUUACAGGUUUAUUUACGAGACGGAGCAUCACAACGGAAUCGCAGAGUUACUGGAGAUCCUGGGCAGCAUCAUCAACGGCUUUGCUUUACCAUUAAAAGAGGAGCACAAGAUCUUCCUGCUGAAGGUGUUACUGCCGCUGCAUAAAGUGAAGUCUCUGAGCGUCUAUCACCCGCAGCUGGCGUACUGUGUGGUUCAGUUCCUGGAGAAGGACAGCACGCUCACUGAACCGGUGGUCAUGGCUCUCCUCAAAUACUGGCCCAAGACUCACAGUCCGAAGGAGGUGAUGUUCCUCAACGAGCUGGAGGAGAUCCUGGACGUGAUCGAGCCGUCCGAGUUCGUGAAGGUCAUGGAGCCGCUCUUCCGUCAGCUGGCCAAGUGUGUGUCCAGUCCUCACUUCCAGGUGGCCGAGAGAGCGCUUUAUUACUGGAAUAACGAGUACAUCAUGAGCCUCAUCAGUGACAACGCAGCCAAGAUCUUACCCAUCAUGUUCCCGGCGCUUUACCGCAACUCCAAGAGCCACUGGAACAAGACCAUUCACGGCUUGAUCUAUAACGCACUGAAGCUCUUCAUGGAGAUGAACCAGAAGCUGUUUGACGACUGCACACAACAGUUCAGAGCCGAGAAGAACAAAGAGAAGGCCAAGCUGAAGGAGAGAGAGGAGGCCUGGAUGAAGAUCGAGAACCUGGCCAGAUCAAACCCACAGUUCACUUUGUGUGUUGAUCCGUCUGCACUAAACAGUCCUGUAGAAAUGGAGACUGAUGGUCCCUUUAUAGAAGAUGUUCAGAUGUUAAAAAAGACAGUGCAGGCCAGAGCCAUUCAGGGGGCGAGGGAGCAGAGGAAGGAGCGGCCGCUCGUCAGACGUAAAUCAGAUCUUCCUCAGGACUCCUUCACCACCAAAGCCUUGGAGACGCACCGGCGUGCCGAAGACAUGCUAACUAGCCACGACGGCCGCUAGCUCACGCCGCUCACGCUCAGGGAGGAUCCGGCUCUUCUGGACUCUUCUGUGGCUGGUUCCUCACCAUCGGUCCGGGCGGCGAGAACACACUCUCCAGCGCCAGAUCUGUGUU